AUGGCCCCCAAGACCAGUCCCACUGCAUACGACCGGGCCCGGAAGGCUUACAGUUCGCUUCAGAAGGAGCGGUUAAAGGCUGACUGUAAGGAUUAUUUGCCAAAUGUCUUGCUCGCUGGCGGAAGAGCCGUAAAGAAGGAGGCCGUGGCUGCUUCUCCGAAGGAUGCAGAGGCAAUCAAGAAACUAUUUCCAAACACCUCUGGCAUUCCUCUGGUGGAGUUUGAAGCUGGAGCCGCAUGCAUAGACAAGGACCCCGUGAAGGUUGGCGUCGUGCUGUCGGGUGGUCAAGCUCCUGGCGGCCACAACGUCAUCGCUGGCAUUUUUGAUGGCAUCAAGGCAUGGAACGAGAACUCGACCAUGUACGGAUUCCUGGAUGGACCUCAUGGGGUUUUUGCUGGCAACUUCGUUGUCAUUACCGAUGAGAUCAUGGAUGGCUUUCGCAAUACAGGUGGCUUCGACAUGCUGGGCAGUGGGCGGCACAAGAUCGAGACAGAGGAGCAAUUCCGAGACUCUAUGACAGUGUGCAAUGCCAUAGGCCUUGAUGGUUUGGUCGUCAUCGGCGGAGAUGACUCAAACACCAACGGCGCAGUUUUGGCGGAGUACUUCAAGGCAAAUGGCUGCAAGACGAAGGUGAUCGGUGCUCCCAAGACCAUUGAUGGAGAUCUGAAGUGCCCACCACACUUGCCUGUGUCGUUUGGCUUCGACACAGCCUGCAAGACCUACGCGACAUUGGUAGGCAAUGUCGCAGUCGACGCACUCAGUGCCCAGAAGUAUUACCACCUGGUCCGUUUGAUGGGGCGUUCAGCCUCCAACAUUGCCUUGGAAGUGGCGCUUCUGACGCACCCCAAUGCCUGCUUGUUGGGAGAAGAGGUUGCAGAACAAAAGCAAAGCUUGAAAGACAUCACAAUAGAACUGGCCGACAUGAUCGAAGCACGAAGCAAGGAUGGGAAGGACUACGGCGUCAUACUCCUUCCAGAAGGUUUGAUUGAGUUCAUUCCCGAAUUCAAUUCCCUGAUCUCUGAAAUCAACGACAAGCUCGCUCAGCCAGAAAUCCAACCAACUGAAGAGGCGGGUUGA